AUGAAUCAAAAAGCUCAGUGUCAAUUAUGCCACAAAUUUGGUCAUUUGGUUAAGCAAUGUUUCUAUCGUUUUGAUAAAUCAUUUACUAGCCCUGAGUCUUUUGUCAAUUUCCCUGCCACUGCUCACAUUACUGAGAGGCCUACAAUGUAUGCCACACCAAAAACUGUCCAUGAUGACAAUUGGUACCCUAACUCGGGUGCCACUCACCAUCUCACACAAGAUUUUACUAAUCAUGGAGCCAGCAUAUCUUAUGCAGGUAAUGAACAAGUUCUUGUUGGUAAUGGUGCUGGCUUGAAUAUUAAAAGUGUUGGAAUGGAGAUGUUCAGAGAAGGAGGGUCCACAUCACGACCCCCAAUGCUGGAAGGUGCUAAUUACCCAUACUGGAAAACCAAAAUGCGAGCAUUCUUGAGGGCAGUGAAUGAAAGAGUUUGGAUGGCCAUAGAAGAUGGAUGGACAUGCCCAACGAUGAUGGAUAACGGUGUCACCAAACCAAAACCUACGAGCUUGUGGACUCCAGAUGAGAUGGAGAGGGCCAAUUUUAAUUCGAAGGCCAUGCAUGCUUUGUUCAAUGCAGUGUCCACAAAUCAAUUGAAGGUCAUUGCAAACUGUGAGAUGGCCAAAGAGGCUUGGGAAAAACUACGAAUUAAAAAUGAAGGAACGGAUGCUGUAAAGAAAUCCCGUCUUCGUGCUUUGGCAAAAGCGUUUGAAGAUUUAUCAAUGGAGGAAGAAGAAACAGUGGCUGAGUUCCAUGAUAAAUUGUGUGACAUAUCAAAUGAAUCUUAUGCUUUGGGAAAGACUUAUUCUAAUGCAAAGCUGGUUCGUAAAGUCCUUGGAGUUCUACCUAGGAGAUUUAUGUCUAAAGUAACCUCCAUUGAAGAAAUGAGAAACGUGGAGGAACUGGAUCUUGAUGAACUGAUUGGAUCCUUGCAGAAUUAUGAAAUGUCAUUAACAAGGUGGAAGAAAGAAAAAAAGAAGAUGGAUGUGAACAAAGAAAAAGGGGACAACAAUAUUGCGUUCAUUCACAAAGAAAAAAAUAAGUCUAUCCCAGAUUUGUCUGCUGGUUUCUCAGAUGAAGUUGUAGAUUUGCUGACCAAGAACUAUGCAAAAUUCUUGAAAAAGAAGUACAAGAAACAGUGUUCUGAAGGUAAGGAAAAUGCUUCCAAAAGAAAUCCUCUUGGGAACUUCUGCCAUGGUCAGCAACCCAGUGACAAUAAGAGCAUGGGCAUUCAGUGUAGAGAAUGUGAUGGGUUCGGACACAUUCAGGCCGAGUGUGCUAACACUCUCAAAAAGAAGAAAGCCCUUGUUGCCACCUGGAGCGAUAGUGACGAAGAAAAAGACUCUAUUGCAAGCAAAAGUUCUAAUGAGGAUAAACAGGUAGUGGCUUUCAUGGCUCAAAGUCAUCAGUCUGCUGAAUCUGAGGAUGAUGGAGUCUCCACUGUGUCUGAAGUCAACAGUAAUGGAAGACAAAAUGCAUAUGAAGAGAUGUUUGCUCAAUGGGAAUAUAUGACCAAGCAGAUUAGAGGUCUGAAUAGUGCCAAGGAGCAGGUAGAGUCUGAAAAAGUCAAGCUGGAGGACACUGCUAAGAAUCUCAACCAACUUCUUGAUGAGAAGGACAAUGAGAUCUACAAAAUUUCAGCUGAACUCUUAAGAGCUAAACUGGCUUUAGAGUUUAUCCCUCCAGGAACGGCUGCCAUCAAUCAAACUCUUCAACUUCAAAAACCUUAUGGUGAUCGAACCUCUAUUGGAUACAAGAUGUUGUAUAAGCAAGGAGGUAACUUGGGGGUAGAAGAGUCCAUUACACCAGUGAUCAACCUAGACAAAAAGGAUGACAAGCAAUCAUCAUUUCCCUCGACACCUCAGUCCUCAAACCCCACUGGAAAAUUCCAUGUUCCAUCUGGACCUACCAAGGUGAAGUUAGAAGGAAGAAGAAUUGCCCCGGAGAAUAUAUCUCAGAUGGAGAGAUUCAUCCCAGUGUGUCACUUCUGUAACAGGAGGGGUCAUAUUCGACCCAGAUGCUAUAAGCUGCAGAACUACUUGAAAGCUAUGAUCAAUCGACCUAUGAGUUUUCAAAAACCCAAUAAAACUCGAAAGGAAGGAUCUCAAUGUGAGUGGAGAUUGAGGGCUGAUUGUGAAUCGAAUGUUGGGUUGGUAGCUCAAGUUUCACUGUCUGCAUUUCUGGAAGGACAGUGGUACUUGGAUAGUGGUUGCUCUCGACACAUGACUGGCAACAAGAAAUUGUUAGUCAAUUACAAAGAAGCAAAGGAGGGAGUUGUCACUUUUGGAGACUUGGUGAUGAGUAGAGCUGCACCUCUUACUGAAGUACUGUAUGUGAAAGGACUCAAGGCAAAUCUGAUAAGCAUCGGUCAACUUUGUGAUGCAAAUUACACUGUAAGUUUUUCUAAAACUCAUUGUUUAGUUUCAUUUGAUGGGUGCUCAGUCUUAACAGGGAAGAGAUCUAGUGAUGGUAGUUAUUUGUUGGACAAUGUUGUCCUGUGUAAUAGUGCAUCAUUGGAUAAAUCAGGUAUUGGAGACUUUACUGCUAUUCCAAAAGUUUUAACCAAAAGAAAUAAGAGUGUUAAAUCAUCACCUCGUCUUUCAAGAGCUCAUUCACUAUUAUUAAUGCUAUGGUAUGGUCUUCUACACCUUGUACUGUUGAAUCUUGGGUUUAAACAAAGAAAUGAUGAUGUUUUUGUCCUAGUGUAUGCUGGUUUUGAUCAUGUUGUACAUCGUACUCCCUUGCUUCAGAAGAAAUAUGAUACACACAUGAUAUGUUGUCUAGUGUUCCUCAUUGCUUGUUUAUGUGUCUUCAUGUGUGAUAAUGAAAGUUCCACAAACAUUUCUCAAAAUGCACGUUGA